AUAUUGGCCAAUAAGACAAGAUGGCGGCAAAUGUUGAAAUUGUCAACCGAGCUUGGACUGUUUUAACAGACACUUUAACACCUGGAGCAAAAAAAACUUCCCAGGCAUAUAUCAGUACAGAAGUUGAAUUCCAGAAUGCCGUAGAAAUUCUAUGCAAGCAAGAUUUAGGACACAUCAUAGAGGAAUGGUUUCUAGAUACUUUACAAGAGGAUUUGCGACAAAAAGUUGGCCCACAAUUUUGGAACUACUUUUCUGAACAGCCAAGUGAAACAGACCAACUUCUUCAAGCAGUUGAAUAUUUACAUAAAGUGACAAUGGACUACCUCCCUUGUAUUCAAAGACUUGAAUCCACAACACAGAUUAAACGUUGGAGGAAGUCUUCCACCUUAUUUAAUACUUCCUCUCUGACAGAAGCGUUUAUACUUCUAAUGAAGUCAACUUUGUUUUCCAUUUUUCCAAGAACUUUUCAAGAAAUAGUGAAUAAAUUUUAUUCAGAUGCAUUUAAAGUGUUUCAUCAUACAACAACUGAACCUGAUCAAGACAGUGAAGAUGACGAAGAGACCAGCUGUAAAGGGUGUGAACAGCCAACAGAGACAUGCUUAUGUCAACACAUAAUGUCUAACUUCCAUAAUCUCAACAGAAAACUAGAUGACAUUGGUAUCCUGGAGAGAGUUUCUGGAACAGCUGUCACAAAUAUUGUACAUGAACGAAUAAAGACAUAUGUGGAAAACUCCUGCAAAGGCAACUUUGAAACAUCUUAUAUUGAUAUAUUGGAAACAUGGUUAGAUACAAAAGUCCUUGGUUGGUUGCACCUGGUUUAUUCAGGUAACAGAACACAUAUCUACUCUGACUGUAUUGAUGGAUUCAAAGGGAGGUUACUCCAUUUCCUGUAUGAAUCUUUUGCCAACAUUCAAAUUGAGCAGCUCUUCAAUAUCAUAAUAGAAUUUCCUGAAUCUGAACCAGCAAUUUUAGAUCUUAAAUUGUGUUUAGAGAAAACUGAUGUGAGGACACAGUUGGUUACAUCAUUGAAAUCAGCAUUAGAAACCAGACUUUUACAUCCAGGUGUAAACACAUCAGAUAUAUUAACAGCUUACAUUGCUGCUAUCAGAGCUCUUCGAGUUUUAGAUCCGGCUGGUGUUAUCCUAGAACUUGUUUGCCACCCUGUCAGAAAAUACUUAAGGUCCCGUGAUGAUACAGUCAGAUGUAUAGUUUCUAAUUUAACUGAUGAUGGAAGUAAUGAAUUAUUAGAUGAGUUGAUUAAAGGACAGCCAUUACUACUUGAUGAGACAGGACAUAGUGAUAAUGAAGAUGAAGAUUGGGAGAAAUGGAUGCCUGAUCCUGUAGAUGCUGAUCCAUCUACCACAUCCAAGAGUAGAAGAGCUUCAGAUAUUAUAAGUAUGCUUGUCAACAUUUACGGAAGUAAGGAAUUAUUUGUUAAUGAAUACAGAACUUUACUAGCAGAUAGAAUCCUCACUCAAUUUAAUUAUGAAAUUGAGAAAGAGAUUCGCUACUUAGAACUACUUAAAUUAAGAUUUGGAGAGACACAAUUACAUUUUUGUGAAGUGAUGUUGAAAGAUGUAGCUGAUUCCAAAAGACUGAAUACCAGAGUUACUGAAGCUAGAAAUAAAAGUGGUGAAAGAGGGGAAAUUGAUGUAAAUGCAAUGGUUUUAUCAGCUCAAUUUUGGCCAGCAUUCAGGGAAGAGAAGAUAACUCUUCCAGAAGUAAUGCAGGAAUCACUGAAGGAAUACACAAAGAAAUUUGAGGCUCUGAAGGGAAAUAGAACGUUAAACUGGAAACCACAUUUAGGUCUUGUUAACAUUGAUAUAGAGCUUAAAGAUAGAACAAUAAACUUUAACGUGUCUCCGGUUCAUGCUGCCAUUAUUAUGCAGUUUCAGAAACAAGAAAAAUGGACAGUUGAAGACUUGAGCAAUGAGUUACAAAUGCCAGCAACAGCAUUGAGGAGAAAGAUAGCCUACUGGCAAACACAGGGUUUACUCAAGGAGGAAACAACAGACACGUUUCUGUUAGUGGAAGAACAUAAGGGCAGAACACAUGAUGUUAUUGUUACUGACGAUGAUGAGACAGAAUCAGCCAUGGCCUCAGCUCAGUCACAGAGGGAGGAGGAAUUACAGGUAUUCUGGUCAUAUAUAGUGGGAAUGUUGACUAAUUUAGAAAGCCUUCCUUUAGAAAGAAUACACACAAUGUUGAGAAUGUUUGCAAUGCAAGGACCAACUACCAUGGAAUGCAGUACACAAGAGCUAAAAGGAUUUCUAGAUAGAAAAGUUAAAGAACAAAAACUAUUAUAUGCCGGAGGAGUUUAUAGGCUACCAAAGUCAAGCUGAAUAAAUUUAAUAAAUAGUUAA